AUGUACCUCAGAUUAGAGCCACAGGCUCACAUACGUAUAUACGUACAAUCUGGACGAGAUACUGUAAUAGACUUACAGGCCCUAGAUAUUUUCCUGAGCCACAAAUGUCCAGGUGCACACAGUUUGCUGAGCCACACAUUGUACAGAAGAGUCAAUCAUUCGUCUAUGGUAAAAUUUAUGCGCAUGUUUAUGCGAAUGGAUCUUUGGUAUUCGAAGAAAUAUAUAUCUUUAUUAGUAUUAUAUACUCACAGUCUUGCUAUAAUGCUAGUGUUAUUGAUAGUAAAAGCUGCUCCUGCUCUUGUCUCUCCACCUCAAGUGGCAUUGAAACAAAGGGCUUCGAAAUAA